AUGCUCGUCAAGACUCUAGAAAUCGGAUGGCACGAGGCGAAACCAAUCUACUCUUGUGACUUUCAGCGAAGGUCGAUUCGCACUCCCUCUGGCACCGUCGCCCACAAGUUUGCCACCGCGGGCGCAGACACGUUUGUACGGAUAUGGCUCAUUCACCCAACGGAUCCCACUGCGAGUGGCACGGGCGAUAAAGGUCCCAAAGCGGAAUACCUCAGCACGCUCGCAAAGCACACUGGCGCAGUCAAUGUCGUUCGGUGGAAUCCCAGUGGCGAUCUAUUGGCGUCUGCCGCGGAUGAUGGACUCUUGAUCAUUUGGACAAGAGACGACAAGGCUCAGGGCAGCGUAUGGGGGCGAGACCCUAAAGAAGCCGCACACGAUAAGGAGACGUGGAAACAGCUGCGGACGUUUCGCGUGUCAGAAAAGGAGACGUACGACCUUGCGUGGUCACCCACGGGUGAAUACAUACUCGCUGGCAGUACCGACAAUACAGCGCGCAUCUACUCUGUCGAAGGUGGGGCCUGCGUUCGCGAGAUUGCAGACCACUCCCAUUAUGUGCAAGGGGUGGCAUGGGACCCCAUGAAUGAGUAUAUUGCGACCCAGUCUUCGGACCGGAGCAUCAAGCUUUAUACGAUUACCUCCAAGCAUGGAGCAUUGGAGACCCACCCGGUCGGCAGCCAUUCAAAGAUGGUGAUUCGUGGAUCGAGAGGGCAUUCGAGGAGUAACAGUACGGCGAGUCGUGCCGGCAAGAAUAACGGAACCCAUUCGAGAGCACCAAGCGUCACUCGGCCGUCACCGUCACCCGCCAUCAAUACGUCUACCAAUCGAGGCAGAGGACAUGUACGCAGGAGCAGUGUAUCGAGUGAGGCAAGCAGCGUGAGCAUGGCACCGAGCUAUUCAGGACGAGAUAUACGAGACAGCAUCUCGAUUCCUACCAGCGGCACCACCACCGCGAUGGAUGCACCACUUACACCUGCGACGAGCGUGACCAGUGGUGUUGGUGGAAUGUUUUUGCCACCCACCUCGACGCCUGCUUCUGCAAGGGAUGCAAGUGUCACGCCUGUCAAGGAUCCGACGAGCUAUCGUGAACCUCGGACGGCGACGACGUCGAGACGUUCCAGCUUUAGUGGAAGUCAGGCACCUGGAAGCCCGGCCAGUUUUCGUGGUCGCGGAAUGAUGGACGAUAGGGACACUCGCUCGAGUUAUGGUCGCUCACCGUCACCGAUGCCGCCACUUCCUGCUAUUCGCACUCCAGCUGCAGCGAGCAUGAACCUGACAGCGUCGCGGUUGUACGGAGACGAAAACUUUACAUCCUUCUUCCGCCGGCUCAGCUUUUCACCGGAUGGUAAUCUACUCUUCACGCCUGCGGGCUGGUUUGAAGACAAUAGCGUUUCGGUGCAUCCCGGAAAGGAUGAGGACGUGGCGCUGGAGAAUGAGAGAAAGAAUGAAGCAGUGCGCGAAGCAACGUCGAGCUCGUGCGUCUAUGUCUACUCCAAAGCCAACUUUUCCAAGUCACCUAUUGCGGUAUACCCUGGUCAUCGUCGCGCAGUCGUCUGCGUCAAGUUUUCCAAUGUGCUCUACGAACUCCGACCGGAUAUAAAUGGUGGUGGGAGCUCGACGCCUGCUCCUCCGGUGACGAUUACGCUCGAGCCUGGAAAGGAGGACGUUGUGGAUACGUCGACGUUGAUGAAUGCGCCGGUCACGGAAAAGAUUGGAAACCUUGCUGGUGCUAGUGGAACAUCGCGCAAGGAACUUUCGCUGCCGAGUCCUGCGCUCACCGCUGCGGACACACCUUUGCAGACACCCAAAACUCCCGAGUGCGACGCCUCCGUUGACGCCGGCGCUGGAAGGAGCAGAGCAAGGUGCCAAUGGCGCUACAGCCACGACGUCUUCGGUCUUUCAGUUACCGUAUCGGAUGAUCAAGCCGGACCGAUUUGUAUUUUGAGCAAGUUGCACUAUGAUAGCUUUACGGAUAUGGCCUGGUCGCAUGAUGGGCAUAUUCUAACCCUCGUAUCAUCUGAUGGCUAUUGCACAGUGAUUGUAUUUGACGAGAACAUGGCGACGUAUUCAAUUCAGCAACGUGAUUUGCAGCUCAAGUCGGUCACCUUGGCCCAUUCACAUUCCGUCGUCAAUCCUGCUGUACACAGUACCCCGACGCAUGGAUCUACAUCCAUGUUGUCUGCUUCAUCAUCUACGCCAUUACCUGCUUCUACCAGCGGUGGACUGGGGCCUGGAUCGCCACUCGUUCACCCGCCACCCUCGCCGUUUGUCCCACCUCACGCGCCCUCUCCAGCGGUAUCACUCAAGGAACUACCUGGCCCAUCUGCGCAUGCACAUGGAUAUGGAGGAGCACCUUCGCUCAAGCGGACUGCGUCGACGUUUGACCCGCCCUUGACGCCAGCAGCGAGUGUCGUUGGAGGAGGUGAUGGGGAUACUGCGAUGAGCACCACUGGUGGUGGGAAUGGGACGGAGAGUGAGCAAGAGAGGGAGCGGGGGGAUGAAGGACCUGCGAAGAAGCGACGACGGAUCGAGUUGCAGCAUCAUGGUGCGGCUGUAUGA